AUGGCUUCAAGGCCCAGCCACAUAUUAGUUGCAGCCUUGCAGUCCUCAGCUCAAGUAACAGCAGCUGUCUCGCUAUUGGCGGGCGUUGUUUCUCACCACCUAGUUUUCCGACCAUUUGAGAUUGAUGGCUAUGCUUGGCAAAUAUUUUCCACAUAUCUCAUCACAUUUUUCGUCUUGAUCAUUGGCAAUGUAUACUUUGCUGGCUAUGGCGUUAUUCUGGCAUUGGCUCGCGCUUUACUCAUCGCAACUGCGUAUAAUGCAGGAGUUGUAUCCAGACCCUUUUUGGCUAAAAUAUCUCGAUUCUAUGCCAUGAAUAAUGCGGCAAGGCAGGUGCAAGCCUACAAAGAUGUGCAAAACCUACAUAAACAGUAUGGAGAUAUUGUUCGAGUUGGCCCCCGCGAACUAUCCAUCAAUCGACCGUCUGCUAUUAAGAUCAUCUACGAACAUCCCACACGAACAACAAGAUCGCCUUGGUACGCACAGGUAUCGAAUGACGUAACUAAGAUUUCUCUUAACUCGACUCGAAUUCUAAAGGUGCACAAGCUCCGUAAGAAGGCUUGGGAGAGGGGAUUUGGCUUUCGAGCCCUGGCUGUCUAUGCACCACGAGUAAAAGCCAAAGUAGAUCUUUUGCUAUCAAAAAUUGCGGAACACGGUGGUUGCCCGAUUGACAUGACUGAAUAUGCCAUGUUCUUUGGAUUCGAUGUCAUGGGAGAUAUUGGUUUUUCGAAAGACUUCCAUAUGCUCGAAUCAGGGAGCGAGCACCCGGCCAUCAAAGGCGUUCAUGAUAGCAUGCUGGCUAUUGGCGUUCUGGGUACAGCACCCUGGUUAUUGUCUAUGAUCUCGAAAGUGCCAGGGGCCGCAGCGGGCUUUUCUCGGUUCACUGCAUGGUGUCACCAGCAACUCCAGGAGAAGCGUAAGGUUGUGGCUCAUGAAGGGGCAAUGUUUAAAGACCGGGAUCCGCGAGACGUCAUAUCUUGGCUGAUCAAGGCAUUCAAUGAGGGCGAUUCGUCAGCUCCUCCUGGUGAGAUGGCUAUGCAAGAGGAUGCUCGUCUCUUGAUUAUUACUGGAAGGCUUUAUUUCCUCGCGAAAAACCCCGAUAGCUAUCGCCAACUUCAAGCAGCAGUCGAAGAGCAAUUUCCGACAGGCGCCAACGACUGGACAUAUGAGAAAAGUAUCCCAUACGUAGACUAUGUUAUCCAGGAGACACUGCGACUCAAGCCUUCAGUUCCAGGAGGCCUACCCCGAGUGGCGCCCCCACAGGGUCUGAUGAUUGACGACGACUUUAUCCCAGGCGGCACAGUUAUUUCGGUCCCGACUUACACAAUACAGCGAGACCCGCGUUUCUGGUCAGACGCGCAUGACUUUAGACCGGAAAGAUGGGAGAAACUCUCUACAGAAAAGGCUCCGUGGAUUCCCUUUGCUCGAGGCCAAUGGGCCUGUCCGGGCAGAAAUUUCGCCAUGAUGGAGCUACGGAUGGUCAUUAGCCGGAUCGCACUUGAGUAUAGUAUUGCGAUUGCUGAAGAGGAUCUCGGAGAGAGAUUUGAUAAGGAGGCCAAGGAUACUUUUACUUUGACUCUUCCACCGCUGCGGUUUCUUUUUAGCCCUAAAUGA